GUUUUGACUCUCUGACAGGCUUCCCAAAUCCCAAGUUCCACUUCCUUUUCUACUGUGGCAGACUGUAGAUGGUUAAUAGGUGCUAGCAAAAUAAAUCAACAAGAUUUUGUUAGCCUGUCUGUUUCUGUUUCUGAUAUCGUUCAGUUCCUGUUUACACAAAAUACCAUUGCUAUUAUGGAUAAAGAAGUUCAAAAAUGUGUUGAAGAAUUGAUGACUUCGCCUGGAGUAGUGGGCGUAUUGUGUGCAGACAGACAGGGCAUGUGCUUAACGUCACAAGGUGUUGCCAAUUCAAACUACUCCGGCUCAUUGACUUCUCUGUCACAUUUGGCAACAACAUUAGAGCCUGGGAAAGGAGAUCCUGUCAUUUUGUUUGAAAACCAUGAAAGUCAGUGUUUGAUUCAUCAGAAUAUGGGAAUGACUCUUGCCGUCUACAAAACCAAUACAUAAAUGCAAAAAAUCUGAGAAAUCUAAGUUUUUGUGUAGAUAUACAAAUAGGUUCUCAUAUAUUCUUUAUUUUUCUUAGCAUUCAAACUUUAAGCCACAUGAUAAAAAAAAUAAAUAAGAACCUUUGGUAUACGCCUUCGGUUCAAAAUUUGUGCUUUAGCUGCAGUGGUGUGCUCGAUUUCGUUUGUUUCUGUUUAUUUUUUAAAAGAUGUGGGCCUAUUUUGUGUUACAAAUAGUAAUUUCCUAAUCCAAUGGGAAGAAAAAGUGAAAAUAUAUCAUUGUGUACAUAUCAGAAA